AUGGAAGUUCUCAAGGAGCUCCAUGCUGCUGUGGCAAAUGCCUGUGAGGCCUCCUUCGACAAUGCCUAUAAGCAGAUGAAAUCCCAUUUUGAUGCACACGCCAAAGAGGCAGAGAUUAAAGAAUCAAUUGCGAACCAAGCUCAGAGACAAUCAGAGAUAACAAUCCGAGAGCUUCGGCGUGAUAUCACGGUACUCCGGAGUGAGCUGCAACAAUAUGAAGUUGAUCCAGGGGAUCUUGAACUUCCCAAAAGAUACGCCAAUCUAAAGAGUGAAUUUGACCCGAAGAACCUCUGGGGAGACGAUCUGGAUGAUAAUGAUCAUCGCAGUCUCCGGAAUUCUCGGAAACGAGUUGAGGCCAAAUACACCGCGCUUUAUACAAAUUUACAGACAUUCAUCCAAACUUGGAGUGGUCUCAAAUCCCGGGUGUUGCAGCAUAAAAAGAAGCUACGGCGAUGGGAUCAGCAAUUGGAGCGUGAAGAAUUCUCGCUUGUUCUCAAUGGUCGACCUGUCACAUUCCGCAGAGUGCAGAGUUUCACUUCCGAGGACGUUGGCGAAGAAUACUCGCAGGCCCAGGCUUCCCCAAAGAAACGCCCAAGAGAAGAGUGUCCAGACGGUCCAGCCAAGGCCAUCAAGCUGUCGCAAAAAAGGACUCGUGCAGAUAAUGUGCACGCAAACCUGAAAGUUGAAGAAGAUAGCCAAAGAAUAAUUCACAGCCCAACAUCAGAGUCGGCAUCCACCCAGUCUGGCUCUGCUAGACCCGAUAUCGACCCCUCGGAAAAUUCUGAUACAAUACGCCCCCAGCCCAAUGCCGCCCGACAAAAAAUUCGGCAGAGUUCCUCACCAACACUUCCCGGCAGGAAUCUCGUGCAUAGCCAACGGGCAGUCAUCAGCCCGGAGCACCCUGCAGUUUUCAAAAAUGAGCUCUCGUCCUCGACUCCAACCCGAGGUGUAAUGCACAACAGUGAACAGCAAUGUUUAAGCACGCAAGAUCUCGAUGAGAUAGGAGACACGAUACGAACACCAAUGAAACGGAAAGCCCACCGGGAUAUCAACAUCGCGGACGCUUGGAAUUCAGAGAACAGUACGAGUAAUGCGCAUCACUCAAAGCCAAAAUCACCAAGGCAGGAAAUUUCUCAACAGCCACAUAUACUCCAACCAGUUGACGGUAACACUCGCAAUGUCGCAUUAUCUGCACGUGGAUCUUCCACGAAGCGCCUCCAAGAUCUAGAGCGACGCGCAAUACCAGCUCUAGCAGAAGAUGGCGAUGAUGCGACAAGCUUACGGACAUUCUCGGAAGUCGGCUCCGGUGUCAAUGCUAGACCAUUGGAAGCAAAAAACAAUGCUGGAUAUGCCCAGGGACGUCUAGAAAAUCUUCUAGAACGAUCAAUAGCCUCCAAAUCACCACUUAGUUUGUUGAGCAAAGCCUCCGGUCCAGAUUCGAUAAUGGCGAAUGAGAUACCCCAGAGUGAUCAUACAAGACCUCAUUUGUCGAGUCAAUCGGGCCUGGAAAUAGACCCCGAUGAUGAACCAUUCAGGGCAAGACCUCUUCAUCGCCUUGGGUUGGGUCAUUUCAAAAUCAAUCCAGCUAGAAAUCAAGGACUUGAUUACGCCUAUGAUGCAGUUGUCCGAAAGAAAGAUGACCGCAAAUGCAUAUCAGGCUGUACUCGCCCAGGAUGUUGUGGUGAUCGGUUCCGGGCCAUGGCCCGACUUGGGGGCCUCCCCGGUAAAUCCGAAGCAGAACAAGAGGAAGAAGAUCAGGUUGUUCUACAGGAGUUUGUGGGAGAAGACACACAGUUGCUUCGAAAUAUGACCAGCAAAGAGCGCGAAAAUCUCCUGGUGGAAGCGAGAGCCAGGGCCCUGGCCAACCAAUAUGGUCGACAUCGGCAUACUCACCAGCGGGCUCAAUCUCCUCCUGGCUUCUGGCGGACUGACAUGCCCAAUACGCAGGAGGAGGAAGAUGAUCUUGAAGCUGCUAAGAAAUUAGAGCGUGAGAAAGUGGAAGAGCGAUAUCGAGAGGCUAUGCGCCCUGGUGGGUUAUGGACAUGGGCGGAUGAAUAA